GCGCGCGGGCGCUGCAGGGGAAGUUAACAGGAAGUCACACACAGAUGAAGCCGAAGAGAAACACCACAGAGAAAAGUUGAAUGUCUACAAAAAGAUGUUUUUAUCUUCUUUUCUGAGUUUUGUGUGGAUUUCCUCGGGAUCUGCGUCCACUCUUCCUCACCAGAUCGAGUGCAUGGUGGUGAAUGUGGAGUAUGUGAUCUGCACAUGGGACAAAGAUGGAACCCUGGCGGAGAACUACACCUUUAUGAGCAGUUACAAGAACCCGGAUGAUCCUGCAGAGUGUUCCUCCUAUCAGUACUCCAGGGAGGUUCGUGUCGGCUGUGUGGUUCCGUACAGUGAGAAGGAGCUGCAGAGAUUCAAGGACUUUUAUGCCUGGUUAUACAGAGACAACAACAUCAUCGCAAAACAAGAAUACAAAUCACUGAUAAACAGGGAGAUCGAGUGCACUGUGGUGAAUCUGGAGUAUAUGAUCUGCACAUGGGACAAAGAUGACGAAGAUAGAACCCUGGCGGAGAACUACACCUUUAAGAGCAGUUACAAGAAAUCGGAUGAUCCUGCAGAGUGUUCCUCCUAUCAGUACUCCAGGGAGGUCCGUGUCGGCUGUGUGGUUCCGUACAGUGAGAAGGAUCUGCAGAGAUUUGACCACUUUUAUGCCUGGUUAUACAGAGACAACAACAUCGCAAAACAAGAAUACAAAUCACUGAUAAACAGGGGUAACACACACACACUUUAUUUCUUUUCCCCCCACAAACCACACCCAUUUCACACACGGACCUCGUGGAGCUACAAGAUUAGCAGUCCUCGUCUCUGUAAAGGAAAUGCAGUCAAACAUUUCAUUAAUCAUCUUUUCUUUUUCUCUCUCUCUCUGUCUGUCUCUCUCUCAGUGAAGUUGAAUGCUCCGAACAACGUGUCGUUGUUGCUGAGUGAGACGGAGCUGUGGAUUUACUGGAACGUUACCAGUAACGCUAAAGAUCAGUGUCAGGAGCGUGAAGUUCGCUACAGGAUCAACAGCAACAACUGGAUUAUUUACAGCAGGACCAUGGGGAACACGUUUAACGUGCCGUUUCCUAACGCUCGGAGUCUGUACGAGUUCCAGGUGAGAGUGCGCAUGUCCUCGACCUGUGGACAGUCUGACCUGUGGAGCGAAUGGAGCGAGCCGGUGUUCUGGGGCUCCAUGAAGAAGAUUAAUGAUACAGAGACGAGACAGCAGAUGCCUGUGGGGCUGAUGGUCCUCUGCACGGUCGGAGCUGCCGUCGUCCUCAUCAUGCUCACCUGUCUGCUCAUCCACAGCGAGAGACUCAGAGUGAUCCUGGUUCCUGUUGUACCAAGUCCCAAAAAUCUCAGAGAUCUUAUUGACAGCUACGACGGAAACGUAGAGAAGUGGCUGCACAUCUCCAAAGAGCUGCAGGACGGAUUUAAGCCCAACUUCAGCGAGCGACCCUGCAUAGUGCGAGAGUUCAGGACGGAGACUCACAGCGAGUCAGAGAGUGACGACUGUCUCUCGGUGCACACGGCCGUCUCUUCUGAUUAUCAGUCCAUGCAGAGCUACUCGUCCACCUCCACGCUGCGCUCUCCCACUGAGACCCCCAGCACCGAAACCACGCCGCUCAACGGGCUGUAAAACCACCACGCCGAGGAGACAAACCGCAACUUAGUGCAAAAUGUAGCUUACAGAAGUCAACAUCUGGAUGUAAAAAGUCAAUCAAAUGAAAUAUACUAUUGAUUAUACUAUUAGUAACUAGGACUGUUAAACACAAUCUAGAAUGAAAAUGGUUAAGAAGAAAAUGUUUCACUGAUUCAGUGUAAAUGUUUAGCACUGACAGAUUAAAAUAUAUAUAUAUAUUAAAAAUAUAU